CCGUGAUCGAAUCUGCGUAAUCGAUCAGAGCCUCGGGGUUUUAGAAAUGGCACGCUUUUUGUGAAGGUGUAACGGCAAACUUGAGCUCCAGCAUUAGGCUUUCACGUUCUCGCCACUUAAAGAGGCAGGGCAAUUAUGAAAUGCUCUCCUUUCCACUUGCUCUCUCCCUAUCGCGACCCAGCCUCAACCGGCACAGUUCUUUCCUACACACCAACCAACUUAGUAUCUGCCCGCACUACUUUUCUCAUCUCUACAAACUAUGGCUGUCAAGAGAACCUACGACUCCUUCAUCGAGGGCAUCCCCUCGCCGCCGUCGAGCACGCCCGUGGCCAAAUUGCCCCGGCCCAGCAGCUCUGGUGAUGAAACAGAUCGGGCCAUGAUGUUGUUCCGCUACGGCCAGCAGCAGCCAGCAGCAACAAAACAACAGCAGCAGCAGCCAACCAGCGGCAGCAGCGCAGCAGCCAACCAGCAGCACAGCAAUACGGGCCCAUGUCCAUCGACAUGGCGCAGUGCACAUCGUGCACAAAGCUAUUCAUGGCCAGUGCCAACCUUCAGUCCAGUGGGUGCCGCAGAUGCAUGCGCGCAGUCUGCCCAAGCUGCAUCCAGCCAUGCUGCUGCUGUGGCGGCAAGUUCUGCCAGUCGUGCUCAAUGUCGGACUACACCAGCUAUGACAUCCAGACGGUCUGCCUUGACUGCAACUAAACACAAAUGUACUUUUUCUCUUUCUUCUUUUCUCGAUUCGCAGAAACCAAAAAAAUAAAAUAAAACUCCGUCUGACGGGUCUAUUCGUAUUCUCAAAAAGCACAUUUUACACCUUGAUCUCAGGCUGCUGGGUCGGCAGCUGGCCGAACCGCUUCUUCAGAGUAACGCGAUGCCGCGAGUACUUGUCGUCGGGCGAGAACCGCGCCGGGUGCGCGGACUUUGUUACCUCACCGGCAUCGGUGACCUUCUACAAUAAAAG